AUGCCUUACGAUACUCGCCGCAAGUCGUUGUCCUUGACAUCCCUCGGCAUACACGUCCCGAAAUCUGCGUCGUCCAAGUCGAACACAUCAAACAACAAGACACCAAGCAUGUCCCCGAAAACCGCCCGUUCGUAUUCAUCGUCUGAGGACGACGUGUCACAUUCAAGCAAGAGAAGCAAACGAUCGCAUGACAGGGUGGAUGGGUCAAAAUCGGCAACCUUGAAAGCGUCGAAAUCCGCCAGAUUUGAGACAACUCCUCCGCCAUCGCCGGGUCUGCACAUGUCCAUUGAGGAGGAAGACGAAAAUGAAGCAUCAGCACUAGAACAGAUGAAAAGCAUCGAUUUGGGCACCGUAAACGAUGAAAUUGUCGAAGCUGUUGUCGUGCGCCUGCAAGAGUCUAGAAACCGCCCUCACCUGGUCAAGGAGCUUGCCAACGUAUUAAUGGGGCAAGUAAAGAUAGUUCAACAAUCCGCAAAUCCUUGUGCGAUCAUUUCUUCUCGUCUUUCGGGGUACCUGAAGCGCUCGUGUUGGUCCACUAUGUCGCCUUGCCCUCUGGCGAAGGAGCUGGAAACAGUACAUCCCAGAAGAACAUAUUUCUACCUUACGGUUUGCCCGCACCAGCCUCUUCCUGAUGCUUCCAACCAGUCGGUGGCGCGUGCAAUCGCGACACCGGAACUAUCGAGCUCGACCUCAACAUCGGAAGAUGCUGAAAGCGCAGACAACGACCGAAGAAGAGAGCUGAGCCUCUCCCCCGAAGUCGACCUGUCGUCGCCCGAGUUCGAUGAUAUGGAAGAGGACGUCCCGAUGCCUGGUACGCCUAUGGGCGCAGUCUCAUUGUCGCGCCAUCGAACGGUGAACUCCAUGUCGAAACACAAGGAUGAGCCGCCGUUGGAGAAGGACGAGAGGGAGUUUACACAAACCGCGGAUGGGCUGCAGAAGCGAAAGCUUAGCGGCAGCUUGUUGUCGGUAAACCCUGUCGAACAUAUUGAUAUGUACGAUGGCAUGCAAAACGACAUGCUCUUUGGUGAACCAAAAGGUCUCAACCUGGCCCCAAGUCUGCUGCCACACAUGGCCUAUAUGACUAGUCCCGCGAUGCGACCUAGCCUGGUCGUGUCUACGAAGAAAGAUAACGAAGCAGAGGGCUGGUCCAAGCUUGAUGCCAUGCUAGAUUGGGACAGGAGCCCUGAGACAGUCGAGCUGGAUGAGCUCGACUGUUUAUUGAACGACUAUUGA